AGCCUCACCCAUACGUAUUCGCAUGCCAAAACCCCAUUCAUAGAAGCCUACGAUCAAUAUCCAUUGGCAGGAUGAGCGCCGUGCCCACCACAGAGCAGUACAUCGAGCGGGCAAGGCAAUACUAUGCUGACGGAAAUGCUGUCAAGGCCCUCAACUACUUUGAGAAGGCUUGCCUGAGCUGUCCCUGCAACAAAAAAGCCCGAGACAGGCGCCGGGCGUACAUGAUAGAAUGCACCAAGGCCGGAUCAGCCCCGGACGCCCUGGAGCCUUCGGUGGAUCGUCGGCCAUGUACGUGCCUUGACGUUGAGGAGCGCAUCACCGGGGGCCUCCGCGGCUUCGCCUCUGCCGCCCGUAUUGCCGCCCGGCCUUGCACGUGCGGCGCCGACUUGCAGCCGUGCAGUAGGGACCUGCACGUCUCGGCCCUGGACGGAGCAGCCGCCGCCUUCGAGGCCUCCAGGGACUAUUCGAGGGCCUAUCGCACCGGGCUGCUCCUCGUGCGUAUGGCUUCCAGCAAGCCCCAGGGAUAUCUGAGAACCGCAAAGGUGUUUCCAGCAGCGCAUCCGGACAGCACGGACGGCGACCGGAUCAUGAGAUCCAUAUAUCGCUACGCCUUGGCGAAUGUCUCUGCUAAGAACCCAGACGACUCGAAAAGGCUGGCGAUGAUCUCCAAGCUUCUCGGAAGCUUUAGUCGAACAGACCCGGUGAUUCGCCUGCCGAACGAGGUCACUCUGAUGAUUUUCCGAGAGCUCUCUCUCAAGUCACGAUUGAACUGCCUGCAAGUCUCAAAAGCCUGGGCUAGCUUUACCACGUCGGGAGCUGCGAGAAUCAUGUGGCAAGAGCUCGAUUUCAUCCCAAAGAAGGCGCCCUCGAUGAGCACCCUGGGCAAGCUUUUCCGAUAUUCCGAUUCGUUGGUAGAUGGCCGCAGGGCGCCGACAACAAAGCGUGUCAGGAUCCGUAACUGGGAAGCUUUUGUCUUGAACCACCAGAAACUGGUAAUGCUCACGAGCUUGCCGCGGCUGGAGCACCUCGAGUGCCUCCAUCCCAAGGCUAUCUCAUCUCUCACUCUCCCUGUGUUCCCCCGUAGCCCGCCUAACGCAUCACUCACGACACUCAUCCUGGACUGCUGCCACCAAGGCGUGGAUUUGGCGGUGCUCGAACCUCUGUUCCCUCGCCUAGAACAUCUAGAAAUAACCAGGGCUGCCACGGGUGAUGUUUUUUGGCCGUGUCGGCUUGAAAACUUGAAGUUCUUACGGUUCAGCAUGUCAAAUCGCCGACCUUUCUUUGCCCGAGAGAUCGGAAAUUCCCUUCCGAAUCUCGAGCAGCUCUACUUGGACAGACUCGUAUUGUCUACUCUUCCCGACUUGGUUGAAACGGGACACCCACUGCCUAAGCUGAAAUGCCUGUUUAUCGGCAAAGACAUAUCUCUGGCUCCUGUGAGCCCGGAUUUAAGAGUGUUGCCGCCCCUUCCAGAUUCGCUUCGCGUCCUCCACCUGGAGACCCAGGACUACGAAAUUUUCAAGGAGUUGUUACAAUGCCCGGAACCCCUGACCCGUCCCAACUUCGCCCAGCUCGAACAUUUCGCCUUCCCGGCCAACUCGUACAACGUGGACGAGGCCCUGGAGCUGCUGCUGCCCAGCCUCAAGGCCGGCUCCCUGCGCACCCUAGGCCUCGGCAUGCCCUUCUCCGACCCGACUGCCCCGGGGCUGAGCGAGCAGGACUCGGCGGCGCGCAUCCAGCGCUUCGUCGCCGAUCCGGCACUGCUGUCGUCGGUGACGACGGUCGGCAUGUCCGGGUUCCGCUUCGCCAGCGCCUCGUACCGCGCCAGCCUGUCGGCCGAACCGUUCGCCGCCUGGGUCAAGAACUUCCCCAAUGCCCGCGUCGUCCACGCCUACCCGGAGCCGUUCGAGAACGCGGGCGAGGUCGUGCCGGCCCUCGUCAAGGCCGUCGACGGUGUCAGGGUCAUCUACCAGAACUGUCUGCGCGGCGAGCUGCGCUCCCGCGUGCUCCCCUGGGCCGCCAAGAAGGGCGUGCAGAUAGUUGACACCAGGAACCCGUGGGUGCCUGCCCGGUUUCCUUAUGUGUGGGCGAAUUGAUACUUUUCCCAACGAUGUACAUAUACGUAAUACAUUCCGAGAUCCUGUUAGAUUUUAGCGAUUAGUGCUCUACGAUUUCUUAUUGGUGGGCAUGCCGAUCUCCCCCAGCUUCCAGCCCCAAGACCCCAC